AUGAAAGCAGUCAAUGCUGUUGACAAUCUCAGGCUGCUCAGCGUUAGCACAGAUGCAAAUGGGCUGACUGCUGACACCUCGCCGUAUGGGCGACGCACCGAACGAGUAUUUACCCAUACUUGCGUAUGCAUUGGAUACCCAUCACAGAUUGACGAUGCGCUCAACUGUUACGUGCAUGGGGGCUGUUCACAAUGCUUGGGAUAUUUGCUUGGAUUACCAGAUGGUCGACUAAACCAAGUACUUAGACACAAUGCGGGAGGAUCAACAUAG